UGACAUUUUUGCAAGUUGAAAUGAAAUAAUAUACGAUGAAAUCUUACUAUAAAUUUUUUAUUUCAUUCAAAUAAUUGUUCAUAUCUAUCAUCUUGGCAUAAAGAACAGCCAGACAGAACCAACUCAAAUUACAACUUCAUCAAAUGCACAAGAAAAACAAACGGAGUGAACAAGAGUUUUCUAGAUGUUACUGAAUGACACAACAGCAUUCAUUCAAGUUAUUAAAGAGCUGUGGCAACUGACCAGUCCAUUGAUUAAACAUGCCUCGAGUACUCAACAAUGCAAAUGUUAAUCUCAAUGGCACGUUGAUAGAAACUUGUUGAAUGAACUGCAUUGAUGUCAUUUUGAAAAGAUAUUACGACGCAGAUAUCUAUUCUAUAUCGGGAAAGAGAGCUAGAAAUCGGAGCUCGAAUGUUUGGUACAAUUCUGUAAACAAAAUUCCUCAAAGAGGUGUGUUUAAGGUGAUAUUUCAUUGGAUAGGUUAUAAAACCACUUCCGUUACAAUCUCAUUCACGGCAUGAAAAAUAAAAACGCACAAGAAAAUUAGUAAACGCGCAGUCUAAAAGGGACGCAUGAAAUAAUACGUAAGUAAAAUAAAUUUGUUAGGAGGAUAGUUUGUUAAAACAUCAAGCAACAUAAGCACUUUGCGCCCACACUAUGUCAUCAAAAGCUGUAAUGAUAUAUUGAGUGAUGGGCGGAAAUUAAUAACAAAUAACUGCCGAAAAUUUUGCAUUAGAUCUCGACCUUACGCUUUUUUAUGCAAUAUAUCUGGGGAUACUUUUCUUUUCUAUAUUAUUGGCAGAUUGUUUUCAUGCUUGUGCCUGAUUGGUGUAUUUCGAACGCUGAAUAAUGACACACACGUGCUUGCUUUUGUGUUUUGAAUUCCAAUACUUGGUAUGACGUCACAAUAGGUCACGUGACUUUAAACAACUGUGGUCAUCUUUUAUCAUGUUGAGAUUUAUAGAUGUUGAUUAUAACACACAGAAUGUCGGAACCUGUUGUCGAGUGGGUUGGCUCAAGUUGUGGGAAACACGGAGCUUACACGUUUUACAAAGGCUUCAAAAUAACAACAAAUGGUGAAUCAAGGGAAUAUUUAUUGGGAGAUUUCUAUUUUAUACGCAAUUCGAAGGACAGACCAAUUUGCAUUGCUGAAUUUCAACUGCUGUGGCAUGAUGCUAAUACUGAUAAUAAACUCGCAUCAGCAAGAUUAUAUUUUAGACCUGAAAGUACUCCUGGUGGACGGCAAGGCUGCCAUGGGAAGGAUGAAUUACUCUACACAGAUGAAAAAGUCGUGAUAAAAUGCAGAGACAUGGUAAAUUUAGAGUACGAUGGGACUGGAUGGUCAUACGGGGUCAAAGCUAUAUCGGAAAUUUACCUCCAGGAAGUCGCACCCUCGGACAAUAUUGAUUCGGAGGAUACAAAAAAGUUUCGCUUGCUUAAAAGAAAACCAAAAACGAAAAAGAUGGUUCCAAAAGAGCGAACAAAAAUAGUGAUUUUAAGUUUUCCGGCUUAUUGUCGAUUUAAGUCGUUGCUUAAAAAGUUAUUUGGUGGUCUUGUGAUGACAAAGAUGGCGAUGAAAGCAUUUGGCGGAGUUCUUCAAGCCAAUGAUUCCACGUGGGUCUCUUUUUCCAGAGAUUGUUUUCACCAUCCUGGAUUAACAAAGUUUGAUAUGUUUUGUCAAAAUAAAGCACCUGUUCUAAAAGGCCGACCUCGGAAAAAGAAGAUGUCUAAAAGAACUGUUUCCAAAGAUGGGACGAAACAAAAUACUGCAAAUGUUGAUCAACAAACUGCAAACGCGGUUGAGAGCUCUGACGAUAAUCAAACUGACACUUCAGAGACAAGUUCAGUUCAAGAACUUCCAUGUCCUCCAAAGCUUGUGGCCAACAUUAAAGAAGAAAAACCUUUUGAAAUCGGAGUUAUUCGAUCUGUUAAACAGGAAAACGAUUGUAAACUUUUAGCAAUUCCACCAGUUCCAAGGUUGGUGAAGAUUGAACGAGAAGAACCAAGCCCUAACGGUCAGUUCCGACCGUUUACCGAGCCUGCUAUGAUGUACAGCGGUCAAAUAUCCAGUCACCACAUGGAGAAAACUGACCCGUUAAAGAUGCUGCCUUCCAGUUCAGUUAUAUCAAGCGGUCAGUGUGAGUUUAACGGGCAGACGACAAGAGAGAAAUGUAUUGAGGUGACGGUAGACGAGAAUUGUUCCUUGGGUUCAUCUGCGACUAUUCACCCGUCUCUCGUGUCUCACGCGGCAACGAUUACAACGAAUCAUCACAUUCAGCCCAGAAUGUCAACAAUUAUUCGCACUCCUAUUGCAACUCAAGAAGAAGCUACGAAGAAUGAGGCCAGAGUUGAGCAACCUUUGAAGAGAAAACGAGGUCGACCACCUGGAAAGUCAAACAAAUGUUUGAAAUUAUCUGAAAUGAAAAUAGCUCCAAAAACAUCUUUAAUAGACGAUGAUGAAGUACAGAUAAAAAUUGAAAUAAUAGAUGAUAAUAAUACAUUUAUGACGGAAAAUGAGGAAUAUAGUCCUGAGCCACAGAGUGAGGAAGAGCGGGAAUUUAUGAAGAAUUUAAAAAUAUUCAUGAGAAAACGAGGAUCACCAAUUGAGAAGAUUCCAGCUUUGGGUUUCAGGAAAAUUAAUUUAUUCAAGAUGUAUGAAGUUACUCGGUCGUUGGGCGGAUAUGAUCAGGUGACGAAUAAGCGUUUGUGGCGACGAGUUUAUAGCGAAGUUGGAGGAGCUCCGAGCAUUACAAGCGCCGCCACAAAUUCAAGAAGACAUUAUGAAAAACUGUUGCUACCAUACGAACGAUAUACAAGGGGCGAAGAGUAUCUACUCGAUGGAAAAAGCUCUGAUUCUCAAUCUCCAUCACCAGACCGCCUCAUCUCACCUCAUAAAGACAAAAAUGGAAACGUUGUUUCUCAAAAUGAGUCAUUUCUCCUCUCGACAAACAAACAAGAGAAACAGUCUCAUCCCGGGGUCACAAUAUUGGAUACACACAGCAAUUCAAUAGUCCGUCAACCUAUGGUCAAGCAAUCGAACAUGCACAGCAAGUCAAUAAAUAUUGGCUCGGAACAAAACGAACAACUAACUGGCUGUAAACCAUCUAUAACUGCAGUAAUAAGUCAACAUGACUCUCGGUUAAAACCAGUGGUGUCUCGUGUGAAAAGCCAGAAAGACGUUCGGUUAAAACCGGCAGUAACUCUUGGGAUGCAAGAUACCCGGUUCAAACCAGUUGGUACUGCAGAGGGGAGUCAUCAGAAAGAUGGUGUCCCAUCGAGUCAACAACAUAAUGUGUCAGGUCGUUUGAUGCAAGACAGACAGAAUAUUUCUCAUUUGACUACCACGAAACCACAAAACAAAGGAAAUACAAUCCAUCAAGAUAGGACAUCGCAUUCUGUUGUUAAGACUGAACCAACAGUCAGCUAUCAGAGACUGCAAGAAAGACGGUCAGUGGUGUCGUAUUCAAGUACACAACACCACUACAACAAACCAGCGGACUCACCACUUGAGAUUAUUACCAGAGGAAGUCGAAGUAGUCCAAUUACGAUGUAUUCAACAAAUACAGACAAUUUGUCCCCAACAUAUACAGCAAACUUUUCAUAUGAUUCACAGCAAAGUGCUCGCCAGAAUACCUACACCAGUGAACGUGUAAGUGCAGAUCCAAUACGUCGUAAUACGAAGGAUUGCAUUACUGAAGGUUAUCCAGUCACGUUUGUACCCCAUAAGAAAAUUGAUGGGAAAACGUCGGCGGAGUUUGAACGUAAACCAAAGUAUCUACCGCAUUAUGAUCCUGUGAACGAGUUUAGUGUUCCUAACGAAUACCACGUGGAAGAGUCGCGAGAAAUGCGUAAACACGCACGAGGAGAUGAGAUACUUGUGACAAAUGUUAUACCAGGAAAACGCGCACAUAGUCCACGUGACGUUAUGUUCUCAGUACCAGUGUUUCAACCGUCACAUUAUCCACACGGAGGUUUUGAACUUUAUGAUUUACCAAAUACCUUCCCUGUUCGUGCUUCGUCACGGAUAUUCAUGCCUCAUCAAGUAUUCCCUGCCCCUAGUCAUCCGGGAUUUCCACCUUACACACCCCAUAUCAUUGCAACUAUAGGAACAGAUCCCAACACACUGUACCAGUUACCAAUACCAGGUUAUUAUCAACAGGAGAUUGCCUACCCCAUGGAUAUACUCCACAGUUAAUGGUGAGUGGCCUUUACUCGGCAGACAUUACCACAAGAUUCGUUUUUGUAAAUAGUAUAGAUUUUCUAUGAUGAAAGAAAAUAUUUUGC